AUGUUACGUGACCAACCACCCUUCAUUCAAUGUCUCCUAGGAACAGGAUUCACAUGGUUUGUGACAGCAGCAGGCGCUGCUCUCGUAUUUAUAUUCAAAUCUGCCAAUCAAAAGUUACUUGACUAUAGUCUCGGCUUUGGAGCUGGAGUGAUGACAGCUGCAUCGUUCUGGAGUUUACUUGAUCCCGCAUUUCGAAUAGCUCGUGAAGAAUCUCAUAUCGAUUAUCGCGUGAAUUUUUGCUUAAUUAUCCUUGGUUUUCUGUUUGGCGGAUUGUUUGUUCACAUCACUGAUCUCUUAUUACCGUCGAUUACGUCCAAGCAAGUGUUUCAAGUAAUCUCGAAUAAGAAGACCGAUGAAUACAAGAUAAAAAAGCCCAACGACGCAUGUUCAACUUUAAAAAUGAAUUCCGCUGUGCGUUCGCGAUUGAAACAUAAUCAAGAUGGGAAAAAUAGAUUUCACACUCCGAUCGGAGACAGUCCAAUGGAUGAAAGUAAAAACUUUAUUGAGAAUAACGAAGAACAGGCGAAAUGGCAUCGAUUACUGCUGUUAAUAAUUGCUGUCACCGUACAUAACUUUCCAGAAGGCUUGGCUGUUGGCGUCGGAUUUGGAUCAAUUUCAUCGUCAAAUAAUUCCACAUCAGCCUUUAACCAAGCUCGCAAUUUAGCAGUCGGUAUCGGUAUUCAAAAUUUCCCCGAAGACGCCAACUUUUUCUUACACGCACGACGAUUCUGUCGUGAUUCCGACGUGAAAGUAUCCAUCUAG